AACCAACCUAAGUACCCAAAGAACAAGAGUUUCUACAUUUCAAUUCAAGUCAUCUGAAUGAUGGCAACCAAGAAGAUCUGUUUUGUUGCAAUUUUUCUCAUCUCGGUUGCUAGCAUAUUAUCAUCAGAGGUGGCAUUGGCUCGAUGGGAGGUAACCGAGAUUUUGCCUCCAUGGGAGGUAACUGUGAUCACGUCAUCAUUGGGUGGACAAGAGGUGUGUAAUCCACGCGACAAAUACAUAUACGUCAAGUGCUGGCCAACGCACAAUUGCAUCUGUUGUCAGGGUAAUUGCAGAGACCAGUGUGCCAAAAUCAAAAGCGUGGUAGUGAAUCAGAAAUGCACCCGAAAGGGAAGGCCAGGACCCGGUGCGAGUCUGGACUGCGAUUGCUGCUGCAAAAAUAUGUCACCUUCACCCCCACCUCCGUCCCCACCACCUCCACCACCCUCGCCUCCUCCUCCAUCCCCACCACCACCACCACCCUCACCUCCACCUCCAUCUCCCCCACCACCACCGCCCUCACCUCCCCCUCCGUGUUGUUGCAAGAGCCUUACUAUGCCUUCAUCAACUACUGCUCUUAGAUCCUCAUUAUUCGCAGCAAUACAAUGA